UGCCGUCGCAAGUGCCGGCCAAGUUCAAGUGCGAUCGACCGUCGACGAACUUUCAAAGUCUGGCACGGGAACCAUACGGUGGGGGACCAUACGAUGGUGGUUGAGGCCAUCGGGUAUAUAAAGCGGCUGUGAUCAACACUGCACAUCAUCAGUCUCGCUUUGGUCGAUCCAAACCAACCAAAUCCACGAACAAUGGCAUUCAAGUUUGUCGCUUUCGCCGCCCUUGUGGCCGUUGCUAAUGCCGGUCUCAUCGCUCCUGCUGCUCCCGUCGCUUAUGCCGCAGCCCCCGCAGUUGCCAAAGCUGUGGAUGCUGAUUUCGACCCUCAUCCCCAGUACAGCUACGCGUACGACGUGCACGAUAGUCUGACCGGCGACGCCAAGAGCCAGCAAGAGACCCGCGACGGCGACAUCGUCCAGGGCAGCUACUCCCUUCUGGAGGCCGAUGGCACCAAGCGCACCGUCGACUACACCGCUGACCCAGUCAACGGUUUCAACGCCGUAGUCCGCAAGGAACCCGCCGCGGUCGCCGUCAAGGCUGUCGCCCCAGUUGCCGCUGCUCCCAUCGCGCACGCUGCACCGAUCGCUUACGCCGCUCCUGUUGCCAAAAUCGCGACCCCCAUUGCACACGCCGCUCCCUUGGCCUACGCUGCCCCCGUAGCCAAAUAUGCAGCCCCCCUGGCGCAUGCCGCUCCCCUCGCCUACGCCGCCCCCAUAGCCAAAUAUGCCGCCCCUAUCUCCUACGCCGCCCCCGUAGCUAAGUACGCUGCCCCCGCUUACGCUCACGUCGCGCACGCUGCCCCCGUCGCCUACGCCGCAUCCGCCGCACCCUUCGCCUAUGCCGCACCCGCCGCACCCUUCGCCUACGCGCCAGCGGCUCCCAUCGCCAAAUUCGCCGCAGCACCCGCUGCUUUCUCUUAUGCCGCCCCCGCCUCCUACAUCCACUGAUCGCGUUGAUCGCGCCAGCUCACGUUGUCGACUUAGGCCGAACUUAUUUAUUUUUAUACCAUGUAUGUCUUUUUCUGUGUGACUGAUUAAAAGAAAUUAUAUAUAUGUA